AUGGACCGUCUCUCUGACGAAUUGCUCCUGCGCAUCUUCCGCCUAGCCGCUGACUUCCCCCUUGGUGAUGGUGAUGACCGUUUGAGCACAUGGCAGGCCAUCACGGAGACGGAAAACUUCAGUGCUUGCUCUCUAAGCGAUGGUGAGAUAGGCCGUUUUGCAGAGAUGCUGCGCCGCGUCCCUGCUAGACGUAAAGCGCUUCGGAAGGUCCAUUUCAUGGUAGUAGACCUCGGUGAACCGGAAGUACACGUGAGUUGGGAUGAUGAUUGCUACGACGGUGAAGAUGAGGCAGAGGAGAGCUCAGUCUUCACCGUGGCGGUAUUCCAGCUGUUCGAUGCUCUGGGCCAGGGGGACACAAGCACCUAUGCGCCGCUAAGUUUGGUGUUUGACAUCGACACCGAAACGCAUCUGAACGGCUAUGGCGAGCGUUGCUUGAGGCUUGUUUCCCUCCAUGGGGAUCAGAGGGCUCUAUCAACUCUUCACAAUGUGGUCUUAAUCUCAAUUGCACACCCGAGUCGAAAGGUCCAUCCUGCUGCAAUGGCAACGAUAUUGGCAGCUUUGUCCAGUGUAAAGACCGUUGAUAUACCAUUUGAAUCCAAAGGUCCCCAGUCCAAAACAUUGCGACUGUCAAGGACCCCGCGUAUCCACGGUAUGUAUACUGAAAACUACCGCUUUUAA